UACCCCUCCCUGGAUACCACUCUUCUUUAAAACCUCCGGUCUCCAUUUUCUUUCCGAUUGAUUGAAGAUCUCAGAACAAAUAUAAGAUAAAUUUGGUGAUUGAAGUUUGGAAAAAUAUGUGGGACGGACCCAGGAGAGGACCACAAGCGGGACCACCCUUUCGUGGGGGCAAUCGUGGAGAAAUGUUUGGGGACCGAGGUGGAGCUAUGCCCAAUUUCAGGGGUCGAAAUGGGAUGAACAUGGGUCCCAGGGGGCCACAGGAUCGGGGGCCUCGUAUGGACAUGAGGAGGAUGGAUUGUCCGUCUGAUAUGAGGGGCCCGUCUGAUAUGAGGGGCCCGUCUGAUAUGAGGGGCCCGUCUGAUAUGAGGGGCCCGUCUGAUAUGAGGGGCCCGUCUGAUAUGAGGGGCCCGUCUGAUAUGAGGGGCCCGUCUGAUAUGAGGGGCCCGUCUGAUAUGAGGGGCCCGUCUGAUAUGAGGGGCCAUGUUAUGGAACCUCUUGACAUACGAGGGAGAGGAGAACCACCCAGGGAUUUCCCGGGAAGACCUGGGGAGGAAUCAGACUUCGGCCUCCAAAGGCAGUAUGAAAUGGCAAUCCGAGACAAGCUGCUAAAUGCAGCAGGUAGUGGUGGUUUCAAGGGUCCAGGCAUGGGAGGGAGAGGCAUGCCACCACGAGAUCUACGAGUGCCAAAUGACAGAUUUAUAGAUAUGAGAGAUGGGGAGAUGUUCCGCAAGGAUAUGCCAGGUUUCAACAAUCCCAAUAUGGAUGGAAGGAGUGGAGGAUUUUCCGUUGAGCCUAUGGGUAGAAAUGAGGGGUUCAGAGACAUGCGUGAUAGAGACAGGCCUCAUAUUGACAGGCCCCCGAUGGGCAUGGAUGACAUUGAUGGCUUUAAUAUGGACAUGCCUCCACGGGACUCGGACAGGGGAAUGAUGGACUUCAGCAGGAGGGGUGCUUCGUCGUUGAAUCCAAGGAGAAGGUUUGAGUCUGAUAUGGACUUCAGAAACCGUGUUGGACCCCAGGCUGAAUACAGAGGAAGGGACAGAUCUCCUGUAAGAUUUGGCGACAGUGAAGGUGCGCCAAUGGAUGUCCGGGGAAGUCCUGGUUGCCCUCCAGAUCUUGGUGGGCCAAACAGACCCAAGUUUAUGGGUAAAGAUCCAAAAGGCACCCAUAGAGACAGGGACUUUCCAGAAAUGAAUGAGGUGUCGCUUGCAGAGGAGUGGAAGAACCGAAAAAUGGACACUCUCCCAUCUCCUAUGAUCAGAGGUCUUCCUCCUUUCACCAUGGAUGUUCAGGGACAGCGAUUCCCUCCAAUGUCCAGAGGGGGCGGUCUUCUUGGAGAGCCACCAAUUUUUAAAGACAGACCAUCCACAGAAUUCCCAAGGAAAAAGGAUGGGCCUCCCUUUGGCUUCCCUCACACUGAGAGAGAAGCUCCUGGUUCCCAGGACUGGGAUAAAAAGCCCCCCCAAGAUUUUCCUGUCAUGGAUUUGCCAUCCUUUGGCUGUAGAGGUCCCCAGUACCCUCCCUUUCCACCCAUGGGUCCUGGGCUCCUGCCAAACACCCUGAACAGAGAGAAUAACAGCAAGCGCUGGCCUGGAGACAGGGAUCCCAAGCAGAAUCAAAAUGCACCAAAUCGAGGUGACAGACCCCCAUACCUCUUAGAGAUGGACAGGCCCCCCUAUCUCCUAGAGAAGACUCCACCAACUCCACUGGGCCAGGGGCCAAAAGAUAACGCUAGUUUCAAAGGACCGACGGAUGCAUUGCUUGAACAAGGCCCAGAGAGGGAUAAGGUGGUUCCAGGGCCUGCAUUCCAAGGCAAAGACCAGGACUACAGGGACAUUGACUACAGAACAGGCCCAGGGAGAGUCUUUUACCACAAAUCUGAGGAGCUGCAAGUACCUAACGAAGUUCUAAAGGAAUCCAAACCAGUCCAGACUCCCAAAUUCAAUGACUCUGGUUCCCAGGAUCAGGAUUACAGGAGUGCGACUGUGAAGGACAAGGUUACUCAUACAAUUUGCAUAACUGGAAUUCCUAAGACAGCCACAAUGGAACAGAUUCUUGGUGCCUUUGCAGUCCGUGAUGGUGUCCCAAUGCAGGGCAUGAAGAUAAAGAAUGUUGUGCCAGGUUACAGCUACGAUACGGCCUAUGUGGAGUUUUUAAACCUCGAGGAUGCAGUCCACUUCAUGGAAUCCAACCAGGGAUCGCUGAUGGUUGGCACUAAAACGGCUCUCAUGAGAUACGUCCAGCCGGACAGAAGUGUCAAGGAAGCUCAAGAACCAGGCCCUCCGGCCCAGGAACCCCUGCUGCCAAGCCCGGGCCAGCUCCUGGUCAACAAGGCCAAGAGCGACCACUACGGCCAGAAUGGCUCACAGGCCAAGGCCCCAGUGGACCCCCUAUCUCAGCUGGGCUCGUGGCAGCGCAGCUCAGACCUCACCCCAGAGGCCUGGCAGCAGCAGGUGGACCAGCAGCUCAGACAGCAAGAGGCUGAGCAGCAGGCAGAGUCCUGGGCCAGCCGCAACCCCCCUCGCCAAGCUCCUGGCCCUCAUCAGCUGGACCCCAUUUUUAAGGAGAGCAAGACCAUGAUCAUAAAGAAUGUGAAGCCCACCACAACAGUGGAGACCAUCCUGAAAGCCCUGGACCCCUUCGCCUACCUGGAUGAGAGGAACGUCCGUCUGGUUAGAGGCAAACCCCCGGGUGCCAAAUGCUUCUGCUUCAUUGACAUGGACUCUCAUGAGCAAGUGACCCGUUUAGUUGACCUUCUCACCAAGCCCAGGCCUCUCUCUAUCGACGGGGUCCGGGUUUACGCCGAGGUCGCCAAGCCGCUGAAGAAUCAAAACUACAGAAGAGAGUUUGAUAAAUCCAACACUUCUCUCCUGGGGUUCCCACCUGAGUCCAGUAUGAUGGAGCCGCAGCAGUACUAUUCAUCCCAACCUCACAAACAGCCACCAGGUGCUCCCCCACCUAACAUGCAAGGAGACCGUUUGGGUGGCUCAAUGGGUGGGCCGAUGAGCUCAGACAUCCCUCACUCCCAUUCAUCCGUCUCUCACUUGAACUCCAGCAUGGUUCAGGGAGGUGGCUAUGGUGAACCUCCAUUAGUUGUUCCCUACCAACAGGCUCUGCACCCCCAGGUCUCCUCUGCUGGAGUAAUGGCAGCUACAGGAGACCACAGCACUGAUGGCUACAGCUAUGCUACUGAAACUCCUGACGUAACUAACUACCUGUAUGAUGCCACUUCCGGGUUCUACUACGAUCCCCAAACUACCUUGUACUAUGACCCUGCCUCUAGGUAUUUCUACAAUGCCCAGACCCAGGAGUACCUUUACUGGGACAGUGCGUCCAAGACGUACAUCCCCGUGCCUGGAGGACACUCCACAGACACCCAGCCCCCCAUGGCCCAAUUUAGUGUUGCCCUGGCACCUGACGUACAGGCCAUUCUUGCCAAUCCAGUAGCAGACGCUCCACUGGACAUAAAGAAACCAGAGCCAACCCCUCACGUCGACCCUCCCCCAGUCCUGAACCCUACUCCUGCCCUGAACACUAUGCCUAACCCCAACCCUUCCCCAGAGAGGAGAGAGGAGGAGGACACUGCACCUCACAGCCUUGACAAGAAAGACUGCAAAGACAAACCAGGAGAGAAAGAGGAGAAACCCAGGAGCCUAGCCGCCGUCAAAGUCAUGAAGGAUAUGGAGCGCUGGGCUAAGAUCCAGAACCGCCAGAAGGACAGCGUCCGUUGCCCGUCCCCCAUACUGAAGACAUCCGUGGUCGGACUGGACGACAGGAAGACCUCCAAGGCAGCUGAUGCGGCCUUUGCCAUCUUCGAGAGGAAGGGUGGAGAUGACCCCUUCAAGAAGCCUAUGGCUCCUCCCAAGAAAGAGGGGAAGGGCUCAAAGCAGCCCAUUGGCUCUCUGGGCCUGCUGGCGUCAGACUAUGCAGCUACAGGCAGUGACGAGGAGGAGGAGGUGCAACACGAGGCGCCUCAGGUUUCUAGGAGCCAGUCCCAGGACGAGGAGGACAAGCUAACAGACUGGAAGAAGAUGGCCUGCCUGCUGUGUAGGAGACAGUUCCCCAAUAAGGACGGUCUGGUGCGCCACCAGCAGCUCUCUGACCUCCACAAGCAAAACAUGGAGAUCCACAUGAAGAUCAAAAAGUCAAAGAAGGAGCUGGAGGCUUUGGAGAACCAGGAGAAAGAGUCUGUCCCACAGCUGAGUGCUGUCGAGUCCAAUUCCUCCCCAGAACAGAAGAGAAGGAAGCACCAACAUCAACACCAGAAUAGCUGGGCUGGUGGCUCCAGGGACAUGCACAAAGGCAGCGAGAGACCUGGGUUAGGCUCUGAACCUGUUGAGAGGAAGAAGAAGGAGCCUGUCGUCUGGAACCAUGCCACCUACAAACAAGCUGUGCGCAAGUCCAUGUUCGCACGCUUCAAAGAGCUGGACUGACCUCUUCCUGUGAACACCAGGGGUGCGUUCAGUUCACUGUGUGUUUUGUGCUCACCAUUCUUCAACAGUCUGAGGUUUGUUUGCUGGUGGUGGUUGGUGGCCUGAUCAAUAUGGAUGUAACCUUUCGAAAUCACAAAACUAAUGCAGCACAACGUACGCGAUCUUCCUCCCCGUUACCAUAAUCACAACGCUCUUCAGCUGGUCGUUCAGAAGGGUGCUGUUUCCGUUGAAUCAAACGUUGCACACCGCUCUGUUCUACUCAACACACCCAAGAUCACCCACUCUUGUGUGUUUGUCUAUGGGGAGUGUUGGUCAACAUAAUGGACUUGCCAUGCCAGCGGAGCGGAGCUUUUGGACUGAGCUCACCUCUUACUGUACCUGGUGGCCCCAAUUCACUGUACUACAAGGACGUUGACUCCCCAGCAAUGAAAUCAGGCCGUAGCCUGCCCACUCAGCUCAACUGUUGAGACCAUGGCGCUGUAGGGAGACCACUAGGGCCUCCACAUUUCUGCAGUAUUUUCUAUGCUUGUUGGAGGGCCCGUUCACCCAUCCCUAUCCCACCUCCUGUACUGACUUCAGGAGCGAGGCAGAACCAGUGGCGUUGGGGCUAAGCUACUCCACAGACUCACCCCAAACAUCAAGCUGGCUUUGACGGGCUCCUAAUCAAUCCUUUUUAUGGAUGUAGCUUUGUUUUGCCUUGUGUUGUGUAUGGCCGAUGUGUAGUAUUAUUGUGACGUGUACUCAGCAGCUAGAUCUGCCAUUGUAGAAUAUCUGUAUACUACCAGCUGGAUCCAGCGACACACCAUUUAUUUUAAGAUGUUUUUAUAUGGACUUAUUCCUUUCCUUGUUUGGGUUAUACUCUGUAUGUGUACACGUUUACAUUUUUUAAGUAAACAAAAAAAAAUCA